CCCUGGAGGUCACUGUGUUGUGUAAAAAUCGCAGGCACAGUAAAGAUCUCGUGAAUGCUGCAUUGGAGAACAAAUCUUUAACCAACCUGACCACUCUCUUUAACAGCUGUGUUAAACUCAGGGUUUCAAGAGCCAUGUUUUGUAGAGUUUUGGGACAGAGCGUCCCGAACUUGGUGAGGGGACGCCGUGAUCUGCUGCUCUAUUUUUCCGGUCAUUGUCGCCUGCUGUCAUCAGGCCCCCUGCAAGCCUACGCCAAGGCCCUCCAGCACCAGCACCUCUUACCUGAUGACCAUCAGCAGGCGGUUGUGGCCAGAAUGCAGGGCCUUUACGACAGACUGAAGGACUAUCAACCGCCCGAGCCUGAUAAAUUACAAGGUGACACAAGUGAGAGGGAAACAGACAGCACCAAGUCAUCAGAAGACAGUCCUGAAUCUACCGAACCCCCUCCCCUAUUCAAACCACCCCCGGGCCUCUACCUUCACGGGGAGGUGGGGUGUGGUAAAACGGCUCUACUUGACCUCUUCUACGCCUCCGCACCCACGGAGGCCAAGAAGCGUGUCCACUUCCAGUCCUUCAUGCUGCACUUAUACUCAGAGAUCAACAGGUGGAGCCUCUGCACGGACGGGACGGAGCUGGACCAGGACGGACCCAUCCAGACCAUCGCUCGGCAGCUACUCGGUGACGCCUGGCUGAUCUGCUUCGACGAAAUGCAGUUCAGCGAUUACGGGACAUCAGCGCUUCUGGAGGGCCUGUUCGCUCACAUGGUCGCGGACGGUGCCGUCAUUGUCGCUACCUCCAACAGGGACCCACACAAUCUUGGAGCCUCGUCGUUCAGUCUAGAAAAUCAGUCAAAGGACCGCCAGUCCAACCUAGGUAGACUCCUUAGCAAGAGCUGUGAGAUUGUACACAUCGACUCGGAGAAGGAUUAUCGGCUGGUCCAGUCUGCAGGACAGCAGGCCUACUAUUAUCCCAUAUCCCCCCUGAAUGAAGACUUGCUCGACCAGGCAUUUAAGGCUGCCGUUGGUACAGAAAACGUGACGCCGUCGAGUGUAACAGUCUACGGGAGACAGGUGGAGAUCCCCAUCUCAACCCGCACAGGCGUGGCUCGCUUCACGUUCUCAGAACUCUGUCGCUCUCCCCUCGGACCGGCCGACUACCUCACGAUCUGCAACAACUACAGCACGAUAUUCGUCGACCACAUCCCGCAGAUGACCAUCUACCAGAAGAACGAGGCGCGUCGGUUCCUGAGCUUCAUCGAUGCCGCGUACGAAACGAGGACCAAGAUCUUCUGCACGGCAGAGGCGAGAGCAGAGAACCUGUUUCUCCUGAUCCCGUCGGAGGGUGACGGUGAGGAGGCACAGGCCAUGGAGAUGGAGAUGAUAGGAGAGAUGGCGUUCGACAUGAAGCUGUUGAAGGGGAUGGAUGCCCGACACAUCCCCAUGAUCUCCGGUCGAGACGAGAUCUUCUCCUUCCGCCGGGCCAUCUCACGGCUCAACGAGAUGCAGAGCCGCGGCUACCAGGCUGGUCAGCACUGUCCACAGGUGUCAAUCUUUCUCAAUAGUUCUAUUUUGGAUUGAAAUGAGAUCGAUUUU